CUGCGCCUGUGCUGAAUUCCAGCUGUGCCUGUGAUCAGAGAAAAUGAUGCCCAGGAUGGGUUCUGCCGCCCGCCGGCUGCGGAGAGGCCCACACUGCACACGCGCAGACCCAGCGUCCGCGUCAAAACACCGGCAGACAGCGCGCUGCCCAUGUCCUGCGCGCCUGGCUGCCAGGCGUUCCUUUGGGCCGUGACUCCCGCCGGCCUGGGGCGGACGAGCUCACGUCUGACUGGCGAUGCCCCGGGAGAUCAUCACCCUGCAGCUGGGCCAGUGCGGCAACCAGAUUGGGUUCGAGUUCUGGAAACAGCUGUGUGCUGAGCAUGGCAUCAGCCCCGAGGGCAUCGUGGAGGAGUUCGCCACCGAAGGCACUGACCGCAAGGACGUCUUUUUCUACCAGGCAGACGAUGAGCAUUACAUCCCCCGGGCUGUGCUGCUGGACCUGGAGCCCCGGGUGAUCCAUUCCAUCCUCAACUCCUCCUAUGCCAAGCUCUACAACCCAGAGAACAUCUACCUGUCUGAGCACGGAGGAGGAGCUGGCAACAACUGGGGCAGGGGAUUCUCACAGGGUGAGAAAAUUCAUGAGGACAUCUUUGACAUCAUAGACCGAGAAGCAGAUGGAAGUGACAGCCUCGAGGGCUUCGUGCUGUGCCAUUCCAUUGCUGGAGGGACAGGCUCUGGUCUGGGCUCCUAUCUCUUAGAGAGACUGAAUGACAGGUACCCCAAGAAAUUGGUGCAGACAUAUUCCGUGUUUCCCAACCAGGACGAGAUGAGCGACGUCGUGGUGCAGCCCUACAACUCCCUCCUCACCCUAAAGCGGCUGACCCAGAAUGCAGACUGUGUGGUGGUGCUGGACAACACGGCCCUGAACCGGAUCGCCACAGACCGCCUGCACAUCCAGAACCCAUCCUUCUCCCAGAUCAACCAGCUGGUGAGUCUACUCCUGGAAAUGAAGCCCUCUACCAGAGGAUCCUCAGAGAAGGGAUGUUCCACCCCCAUCCCAUCCCAUAAUAUC